AUGCACACAUACCAGGACAGACUCAGAAGCUUUGAGAAGUGGCCGGCUGACUAUGAGACAUUCACAAAACGCCUGGCAAUCAUGGGGCAGUAUUCGACCGACAGCACAACCCGUUCGUCGUGCUGUGUGUUCUGCAACACAAGGUUUGAGCAGUGGGAGCUUUCCAUGACUCCGCUGCUUGAGCACUUGAGCUGCAACCAAAAUGCGUGCCCCAUUUUCAGACUAAAGUACCUGAGCGGCAGAAAGGCGUUGAGCCAGAUCAAGCCAUCAGCAAAGAUGUCCCAGAUUUCUCCUGAGAUAGCCGAGUACCUGAACAGAAAAUUCAUACAGCUUAACGUUACGGACCAGGAUCUGUUUCUGUGCAUGAGAUGCGGAUCAGGCAACCUGAGACAUGAGUGCGAUGGAAAGGUGCAGUCGAUCAGUAAGGGGAUGGACCUAAAGCUUGCACAGUUCUUCAUCAGGUAUUUGAAUGGUGAUUAUAUUGAGCAGGCUGACCUAUACAUCAAGAGCGUGCAGUCUUGA